CAUAUUUACAAUCGCUUAAAUAUUAUUUAUAAUUCGUAUUGUUUGAAGAUUACUGAGCAUUAAUCGGAGAGAUUAGAUUACCUUUGAAAUUGUGCAAGCGAGUUUAUUGUGUCUGAUCCGGACUUUUAAAGACCUUAGUUGAUUAAAUAGAUAAAUAAAAUGGAUUUUCUGAAAGCAGAAAUCGAGCGUAAGCGAAAGCUCAUGCAAGAAAAACAGCUAGUGGGACCGCAGAAAAAGUACUUUAAACGCGAUGACUUGAUUAAGAAAGAACAAGAUGAGUAUAUUUCCAGAGUAUUGGGGAAACGAGAUAUUUCAGCGGAAGACGACCAGGCUGGGUCAAGCGGGGAGGUGAUUCUAAGAGAUAAGGCUGGUGUCUCAAAAGCAAAAACGGAACAGAUUCUCCCGAGAAAAGAGGUCCUCAAACGACUGCGUGACAGAAACCAGCCGAUUUUGUUGUUCGGCGAAAGUGAGACAGAGGCAUUCCGGCGGUUGCGACGCCUCGAGGUACAAGAACCCGAGCUCGAAAAAGGAUUCAGAAAUGAUUUCCAGGAAGCUCUGGAAAAGGUGGACCAAGUCUACCUGCAAGAACUGCUCAAGGAUGGUGACGCGAGUCGAAAUGACAAUAGAAGCCGGCAUGACGUCGCGACGAAGGACGAGGGUACAUCUGAGCAAGACAUGAUUGAUAUUGGGACCCGUCUUGGGGCCCCAGAGAACAAAUGUCGCGAUCCAUUGGAUGUGCUAAAAGUUUUAAAAUACCUGCAGUUCCUUUGGGGUGCCCAGCUGAAUGCACGCCCCCUCGAAGAAAAAGCCUCAAUGAAAGGAAAGCUUGUGUCAGCCACCUACUCGCAAACAGACGCAUAUUUGGCACCACUCUUUAAACUUCUUGCUAGGCGAACGAUACCUGAAGACAUUCUCGAACACCUCGUCACAAUUGUGCGUCAUUUGAUUGAACGAAAUUAUGUUGCGGCAAACGAUUCUUAUCUGCAGAUGGCUAUUGGUAAUGCUCCUUGGCCUAUUGGCGUAACGAUGGUUGGUAUUCACGCUCGAACAGGUCGUGAGAAGAUUUUUGCGCAAAAUAUCGCCCACGUGCUUAACGACGAAUCACAGCGAAAAUACAUCCAAGGACUAAAGCGUUUAAUGACCCAAUGUCAACGAAUGUUUCCCACCGACCCUAGCAGAUGUGUCGAGUACAAUGCCUAGAAAGGGAUAGGAUGACAGCCAAAAGGGAAAUAAGCAGUACUACAAAACUGCACAUAUGUAAAUACUAGAAGAUUGUAAAUACAAAGUUGAUUAAAAUAGUGUAGAAAUAAAGUCGUAAUUCAAAAUGGA